CUUUAUCAGAGCGUUUAACGGCCGACCGAUCGACCGAGGUUUACACUUUGCUGUGGACUUGCUAACCGCCGGGACUUCACGGGCCAAAAUGGCGGUUUUCCAUUUACUUUUGAGCUGGGCUACUCAAGUACUGAUGUAUCUGUUCGUUCUGAUUUUCGUCGCGUUUCUUGGAUACUGCCUGUACGUUAAAUACAUUCACAUGAAAUAUGACCACAUACCUGGGCCACCGAGAGACAGUUUUUUAUUAGGACAUUCAACGACGUUUUUGAAGGCGAUGGAAAAUAAUGGAGUUAUACACGACAACAUGCUGGAAUGGGCCGAGAAAUAUGGGCCUGUUUGCAGGGUGAAUAUUCUGCAUUACGCUUCAGUUCUCAUCACCUGUCCAGAGAUGACCAAGGAAAUCCUGAUGUCACCAAAGUACCCCAAAGAUAAAUUAGUAUACAGGAGACUCUUCAACCUAUUUGGUCAGAGGUUUCUUGGUAACGGCCUGGUAACAGCACACAACCAUGAGCAGUGGUAUAAACAGCGCCGGAUCAUGGACCCUGCGUUCAGCAGCUUGUAUUUGAGAGGUCUAAUGGGCACCUUCAAUGAAAGGGCUGAGAAACUGAUGGAUAAACUUUCUGAGGUUGCUGAAAGCAAAACAGAAGUCAACAUGCUCAAACUAGUCAACUGUGUCACCCUUGAUGUUAUUGCUAAGGUUGCUUUUGGUGUGGAUUUAGACCUGCUGACGAAUACUUCACCUUUCCCCAACGCCAUUGAGACAUGUCUAAAGGGGAUGAUGCAUUAUGUCCGAGACUUACUUUUUGAGUACAAGCCUCAAAACAGACCGUUCAUUAAUGAAGUGAAGGAAGCGUGCCGGCUGCUGCGCACAACUGGAGCUAAGUGGAUCCAGGAAAGAAAGACCAUGAUCCAAAAUGGUGGAAACGUUCCCAAGGACAUCCUCACGCAAAUCAUCAAAGCUGCUGGCAAAGAAGAAAGCAUGACUAAGGAAGACGAAGAGUUUAUGUUGGACAAUUUUGUGACAUUCUUCAUUGCAGGCCAAGAAACAACAGCUAAUCAACUGGCUUUUUGUAUCAUGGAACUGGCGAGACAUCCCGAUAUACUGGAGAAAGCGCGGAAAGAGGUGGAUGAAGUCAUUGGGAUGAAACAGGACAUAAGCUAUGACAACCUGGGAGAACUGACCUACCUUUCACAGGUGCUAAAAGAGACUCUGAGGCUUUACCCAACAGCUCCAGGCACAUCACGUGAUGUAAUUGAAGACAUUGUCGUUGACGGUAUCCCCAUACCUGCAGGAAUAACCUGUUUUUUCAGCUCCUAUGUGGCUGGGAGAAUGGAGAAAUUCUUCAAGGACCCGCUGACAUUUGAUCCAGACAGAUUUCACCCAGAUGCUGCCAAGCCUUAUUACUGCUACUACCCCUUUGCCCUCGGUCCACGCUCAUGCCUGGGACAGAACUUUGCUCAGAUGGAGGCUAAAGUGGUGAUGGCCAAGCUGCUCCAGAGGUUUGAGUUCACCCUUGUGCCCGGACAAUCCUUUGACAUACUGGACACUGGCACACUCAGGCCAAAGAGCGGAGUGGUGUGCACUAUCAAACACAGGAAUUACAAGAAUUAGAUGUACCAUAACAUGACAAUAAGCCACAACAGUCCAUAAUGACCAGAAUAAACAUAAUCGUGGAGAAAUUGGGUUGUUGGGUUGCUCAGACUAACUUUCUGACGUACAACUAAAAACCUCUUAUUCUGCUUGUUUUAUUACUUUUUCUGUGAAUAGUGUUUUUUUAAUUCUUUGUACAGAAAACCUGAUCAUGUUUUAAUGAAAUAGAAUUCACAUUAUGAAAUAGUUCUAAUGAUCAUGAUUGUUAUUUCCUGACGUUUAUGGGGAUGUGGGAAAACAAAUCAAAACAAAUAGGUUACAGUAUCAUUAGCACUUUAAUCUGGAGCUGAUGCUUUAGUUCUGUGUAACUGCUCUUCCUUUUUAAUACUGAAAAUACCAGUUUUACACAAAUAAAAAUGAACCACAGAAGCACA